AUGCCGCCACGAAUACCAGCAUUGUCGUGUCUACGGGCAUCGGCUUCACCAUCCAUUUCUGCGCAAUUCACACUCCCCAUCCGAACUUUUGUUUCGACAGCGCGGGCCAAUGCCGAAUCAAUUGAACGACAGAAGAAGCGCCUCGCUAGCGACCCCUACAUAGUUGCGCAGCGCAACCGCAAAAAGGCAGCCAACCUGUCUCGACGUGCCGAACUCGAACAAGCCCGGGUAGCCAGUCUUGGAAAUCCUGUUCGCGGUAUACCAACACCAUUCGUGGAGUCUUUUGACACUGGCAAGCCCAUUACCUACGAGGAUGGCAAGAAAAUUCCCAAGGAUCGGACGCAUCUCAACUAUGCAUUCGACCCGGCGACGGUGGAGAAGCAAUUGAAGAAGAGCGAGAAGCUGGCUGUGCCAUUGAGUGAAAUUGCAAAGCAAGCUGCACCUGCUGCGUACCCAUGGAACGACGCCACGCGGUAUGAUCAGGCAAGGGCGAUUGAAAAGUCGGCGGCGGAAAUAGAGGAGCAAAACAAGAAAGACCAUGCACGUGCGGUCGAGGCAAUUAAGCGAAUCACGGCCCUCGAGAAUGGCUCCAGCAAAGACCGCAUGCGCGUCAACAUUGCACGAUGUGUCGAGACGUUUGGACGCCACAAUACCGACAGGAUAUUCCCACCAAAAGCGCCAUCGCUGAGCCGCUCAGGCGUAGACGAGACUCACGUCGUCCGCCCAGAAACAAACGUUGCCGCGACAGCCAAGCGAGUGGGGCCAGACACCGGAUCUUCCGAAGUUCAGAUUGCUAUCCUGACGGCCAAGAUCAAGACACUAGCGGACUUUCUACAGACACGAGGAAAAGGUGAUAAGCAUAACAAGCGAAAUCUGCGGUUGCUGGUGCACAGGAGACAGAAGCUUCUGCAGUACUUGAGGAGGAAGGAGCGAGGUGGCCCAAGAUGGCAACAUUGCAUUGAGACUCUGGGUCUGACCGAAGGCACAUGGAAGGGUGAGAUUUCGUUGUAA